AAACCCCACUUAGUAUUUAAAAGCCUUCAAGAGCUACAGCUCCAACUCCAGUCAUUGGUGACAAAGAGCUUUUGCCAUUGUCCCACCCCAGCAAGGAUGAGCCUGUGGUGAAGGGAGAUGGCACUGGAGUAGCCAGUAUAUACAGGGGAUCUUUUGCAGACGAGAACUUCAAGCUGAAACACUCUGCUCCUGGGCUGCUCUCCAUGGUUACCCCAUGAGUGCAGCCUUGCAGAUGGUGGCAUUCAGUCUUGCUCUCCUCUCAGCUCUCUUCCUGCUCCUUGCCACAUGCACCGACUGCUGGAUGGUGAAUGCUGAUGACAGCUUGGAGGUAAGUCACAAAUGCCGGGGGCUUUGGAGGGAGUGUGUCACCAACAUGCAGGACGGGGUCAGGACGUGUGACCAGUAUGACUCCAUCCUGGCUGACCAUCCAGUGAAGAUUGUGUUGACACGGACCCUGCUGAUCACAGCUGACCUCCUGGUUGGCUUAGCUUUGGUCACAUUGCUUCUUGGGCUUGACUGCAUCAAGUUCCUCAAGGAAGAUCCUUGCAUCAAACUGAAGAUGUGCUACGGGGCUGGUGUCAUCCUUGGCUUUGGAGGUAUCCUGGGUCUUGUGGGCUCCGUGUGGUACGCAGUGGACGUCUAUGUGGAGAGGGCUGCGCUGGUGUCACACAACAUAUUCCUGGGGGUCCACUAUGACUUUGGGUGGUCAUGCUGGUUGGGGAUGGCUGGCUCAACAGGCUCCUUCAUGGCUUCCAUCCUGCUGAUGUGCUGCCUCUAUGCCUGCACAGAUCCCAGAAGCCAAUGGCAACCCCAAAGACUUGCCCAGAUCCAGGGCCAUACAGCCACCAGACAGAUGUACGCCAUGGACUCACGUGUGUGACAGGCAGCAGCACCCCUCACAGCUAGCCCUGCUGCUGGACACUGCCUGCCCCAUUAAAGCACUAUCACCUGAACUGGGGUAUCUCUGGGAUUGCUUUAGGGUUCUGACUGCAGAGUCUGUGUGAGCUGUAGCACCAGUGGCUGUAAAAAAGCUAAGGAGCUGAAGGAGCCACCCACAAAGUAUUUCUCCCCCACUUACAGCUAGGUUUCAUGAACAUAAACCUCAGCAAAAGUGUUGCUUUAAGAUGCCCCAAGUGCCCUAGGGAAGCUGUUGGAACACUGAGGGCAAAGGAGCAUUUCUGACAAUGGAGGGAUCUCACAGAAAGCAUUUCUGGAGCAACACUGACUCCACGUGUCUGGCAGCCCUGGUCACUCACACACCGGCCCAGCUUGGAAACCACCCCCACAUUCAGCACGUGGCAGCAGGAGGUGGGCCUGUAAAACCUCGAACACUUACAGUGAUCUCAUGGAGGCAUCACCAGAGGAAUGCUGCAGCCAUCCAGGCUAAGCAUAAGGAAACAAGGCAUGGAGAUGCUCUCCCUGCAGUGUUGAGCUUUUCAGCCUACAGAGACCAGGAGCUGUUUUCCAAGGGAAUCCUUUUCCUCUUUGCAAACCAUUAGGAAAACAAAUCAGAAUCCAAGCCCACCACUAGCCCAUGGGCAAAUCGCUGACUGCUCACUGCUUGCACUCAUCUCUUGCUUUCCACACAAAGGUUAGCUGACACAAACCAUGCCCCUGCAGAGAAGCUCCCCUAAAUGAGCUUUGUGGCACCAAAAGGGAGCAAAUGAACCCCCUGGCCUGAGCAGAUCCUGCCAGAGGACUAUAGCCAGUCAACACUACAGGAAGCGAGUCCCUUUCUCUGUGGACAUUCACAGUCCAUCCGGAUGAGUUCCAGUGUAGCCUGCCCCAGGUGAACCUACUGUGGCACGGGGGUUGGAUUUGAUGGUUUCUGGAGGUUGCUUCCAACCUCUGAUACUCUGCAAUUCUGUGAAAGGUGGAGAAAAUUGUGGCAGCACUCUGGUAGCCUGGACAGGAUCCCAGACACCUACGUGUACACCA